AGUUUGUUGGUUAAGUUGGUAUUUGGAAAGAGAAACAAUGUCGUUCCCUGAAUAUAUUGUGAAACUCGUCGACGAUAUUGCCAAGCAUGAGCAUUUUAUCGAUUAUAGUAUUGAAUCGAGUGAUGCAACUAAACGAGGUGAAAAUUUCACUGGCAAACUGACAUUCCUUCAACUGGCUGGAAGACGAAACGAAAAUCCUGCACCAGACAAAAUACAAUUGGUGCUGAAAACAGUUCCAUCGAACAGAAAUCAGCGCCUGGUAUUUCAAGCGGUAACUGGAUUUAAAUGUGAGGUGGAGAUGUACACCAAAGUAUUGCCAAAAUUUAUUGCAUUCCAAGACGAGAAACGCAUAACAACCGAUGAAAAACUUCUAACUCUUCCGAACGUUUAUGCAACGGUGUUCGAUGAAGAGAACGAUCAUUUUGCUAUUGUCAUGGAAGAUCUACGGGCAAAAAAUUACAAAAAGUUUUCCAGAUCAAGUAACAUGACCAGCAUGACGUACGAUCAUGCUCGGCUGGUAAUGGCAAAGUUGGCUCAAUUUCACGCCAUUUCGUUCGCAAUGAAAGAUCAGAAUUUGGGCGUGUUUAACGAAAUCGUGCGUAGUGGAACUUUAUCCAGCAAAUUUAUGAAAGAUGAUUUGGGCUACGAAAUAUUAAAUAUUUUUGAGCACUCCCUGAAUGCGUUGGAAAAUGCGAAGCAUAAGGAGUUGAUCGAUGAUUUGAAGACGACUUAUCUUGAGUGGGUGGACAAAUUUUCGAAUGAACAAUUUGUUGGAGGAAGUGGCGUUCUUUUGCAUGGUGACUGUCAGACAAACAACGUUCUCUUUCAACACAAAGCCAACGAAAAUCCGAUCGACGCUAUGCUCAUCGAUUGGCAAAUGAGCCGUUUCGGGCCUCCAAUCAUUGAUCUACUGUAUUUCAUCCUUUCCACAACGGACAAAUCGUUUCGAGACCAACAUUUCACGAAUUUACUCAACGAAUACCAUUCCCUGCUCAGCACUAGUAUCGAACAACUCGGCAGCGAUGCUUCCAUAGUGUAUCCUAAAAGCACAUUCGACAGCGAUCUGAUAAAAUUCAAUCGAUUCGCUCUGAUUUUCGCUUGCGUAUCGGUAACAUUUCGUUUUGCCGACGAACGUCACAUACUGGAUUUGGAUGAAUACGCUGAACGAAUAUGCAAGGGUGAACGGCCGAAGCUGAUCUUAGAAUUCGAUGCUGAUACAGAAAUUUUGUACAGAAAGGCUUUGAAUGACACUGUCGCCGAUGUAGUUCAGUACUGCGGCAUCAAUUGAAAAUAAAAUUA